AUGCGAGAGAAUGUCUGGGACCAACAGGUUGAUCUGAAUCUUAAGAGCGUUUAUCUUACAACGCACUUUGUUCUCCCGAUCAUGGAGAAGCAAGAGACCGGUGGCGCAGUGGUCAAUGUCUCGAGCCGCGCUAUAAUGCAGUUCACCAAGGCAACUGCGGUUAUCUAUGCCGAUCGACAGGUGAGAUUGAAUACUGUCGUUCCGGGUCUAAUCUACACACCUUACACUCGCGAACUCGCCAAGCGCUAUACCCCCGGUGGCGAUGAAGCUGGCUAUAUAAAGAUACGAGAUGAUCAAGUGCCAAUGAAGCGGAUGGGAGAUUCUUGGGACGUUGCCAAUGCUACUUUAUUUCUGGUAGCAGACGAGUCGCGAUAUAUCACAGGUCAGGAGCUGGUGGUAGAUGGUGGGAUCACAUCCUCGACGGGGCGAGUGUAA